AUGUUGCGCCAGUGGACAAGCGCUGGAGUAUUUCCCAAAGCCCAAGGCCAGAUCCGUAGCUUAACGCGCCGGAAAGCCUUUUCCAGUCUGCGUGCCCUGCCCACUCCCAAGAACAAACACCACCUGCAAUUACUGGCUAGUGUCACCCCACGCAGCUUUCAAAAGACACCACACCUUCCCAGCACGUCAACCGCGUCGCUCACAUCAUACUCGCGCGCGUUGGAAGACCCACCAAUGGCCCCCUCCAAGCGCACCCCGAACAGAUCGACCUUCAAGAACGAAGCCGACACCAUCGAGCGGCUCCUGCAGCACGACGAGUUCCGAUCCUGGGGGCUGGUGAUAUACCGAUGCACAUAUACAAGCGGCUCCGACUGGGACGAGUUGAUGCGGCGCCUGCGCUUCUGCGUAACCGAGACGCUGAAGCAGCAUAACGGGCUGGAUCUGCUGGGGUCGUUUGCGCCAACUGUGUUAGAAGAUGCGAGAUUCGAUGGCGCCUCGACCUCCACGGUCCGAGAGCACUUUAAGCAGUGGGUUGUUGCGGCCUGUCAGGAGGAGCAGGGGGUCCCAUGGCAGGAUGCGCAGUACGCCCAGUCGCCGCGGUACCGGUACUGCUUGAUGGUUGAUCAGGAGGCGAUGCGCUCUGUCUUGGACGCGGAGAUGGAUGAGCUGAUGUGGGUUGAUGAGGGUGCGUAUGUGAGAUUGAUUAGGCGGGAAUGGCCGGAUAGCGAAGACGAAGACCAAGACGAGGAGUUGGCUGGCGCGCCGUCGGUCUUGGAUGAUUCGGAGCCUAUCGAGGGCUGUGCGAUGGAUGAUGUGGGCUGGAUGAGGGUUCGUGCGGAUCGUGCGCAGAUCGAGGCCCAUGUUCAUAUGCCGGAUUGGCGGACGCAGUAUCGUCGCCCGCCGGAGAUUGCGUUCCAGUCGUGA